AUGAUUCGUUACCUCAUAUCCAAGUUCCAAAAGAGUUCCAAAAGGCAUAUGAGAAUUGAUUUCACAAGUAAAAGUGAGCUAACAUAUGAGGAUUGUCUCAACCUAAUUGCUCGUGUUCCUGUUGUAGCUGCGUAUGUUUAUCGGAGGAUGUACAAGAAUGGUGAUUCCAUCCCCUCAGAUACAUCUUUGGAUUAUGGUGCAAAUUUGUUUUCCCACAUGUUGGGAUUUGGUGAUGAAAAGAUGAAAGAGCUCACGAGGCUUUACAUCACUAUCCACAGUAAUCAUGAAGGUGAAAAUUUGUUUAAGUCUUCAAUCUACGAAGUUCUUUGGAUCAAAUCAGCUGUGAAGGAAUGUGGAGAAAACAUAUCGAAAGAGCAGUUGAUAUGGCAAAGAGAGUUUGCCUUGAAGCAUUUACCUGAUGACCCUCUUUUGCAGCUGGUGUCAAAGCUUUACGAUGUUGUGCCACCCUGUUCUCACCGAGCUUGGAAAGGUAGUAUCUCUAUCAUUUCUAGUAUAACAGGGGGAACGUUUCAUGUAAUGGAUUACGUUGAAAUGGCUUACAAAUCUUUCCUACUCUGUAGGGGUCAAAGCUUUACGAAGCUGUGCGACCCUGUUCUCACCGAGCUUAGAAAGAACCCGUCACCAAAUGUUGAUGCUCACAGUGGGGUCUUGUCGGACCACUAUGGUCGAACCGAAGCAAGGUACUACACCGUUCUCUUUGGUGCUUGA